UUUGCAGUGCAGUCUGCAGAGAAGUCCGCUCUGAGUCGCCUAGAGCUAGUUGCUCUCUGAUCUCUCUGCUACAACUUUUAGCGUCAUAGAAGUUGAGAAACAGAAGCAGCUAAGUCAAAACAUGUACUGAAGUUGAACGAGCAUCAGAUAACAUUGAAACAGUUGCAGCAGACGGAGGACCACCGGAAGUGCCCGGUUCAUCCUAAUGAGAUGCUCUUCACGUGUAAGUAAGACUGGCUGAUUGUCGGCAGAGCGCUGGUGUCCUGAAGUAGCACAUCAGUUUGGUCAGUUUGCCCAGCGCUCCGUCCUCUCUUCUUUCUCCCUCCCUUCCUCCUUGUUUCGCUUUCUCGUUCUCAUACUACCCAACACUCUCUUGAAAAAAAGAGAGAAGCCCCGCUUCAUUGCUUAGAGAAUGAGCUGUGCCGCUCAGCUGCAGACCGAGAGGAGAGAAGAAAAGAGAGAGGGGGAAAGGGAGUAAUAAGGAGGAGAGGACAAAAGCAGCGACACACUUGCAUCUGUUGUGGCAGCGUCCUGCAACCGAGAAGCAAAUGAGAGUGGGAGAGAGGAAGAGAGAGUACGCCACAGUGAGAGGAGAGAGAGAAAGAGAGGAGAUGUCAGACAGCCGUGUCCUUGAGAACUGCACCACAACUCUUUGAAGAGAGCCGGGAGACGGUAUCACAGCAGUAGGAACAGGUGACACAGAAGAAGGAAGAAGAGGACACCGAAUGGAUCCCUUUCCUUAACAUCAAGGUACAUGAUGAGAGAACCAGAGAGCAUCGGAGAGACACUUUUGAGAAAGCCAUUGGUCAAGCAUCCACCAAUCACAGCCGAAGCAGGGCCUGAGGGACUGCAUAUGCAAACUGCUGCUUAAUAUUCAUGAGCUGCUAUCGGGGCUUUAAGUCGUUGAUUAGGACAGCGGCACAGCUUUCCGUCCCAACUGCCUGGCUGGCUGGCUGUGUGUAUACCUAUAGCCCCCUCUCCCUGGCUCUCACAUACACACACGGCGCACACACAGACACGCUCCCUCACAGCUACACACACGCAGUGCCGAUCAGUGCAGGCAGCGCAGAGCCUGGUAAUUGUAUUGCUCCCUCCAAGCGGAAGGAAGGACCAAGAGAGAGGAAGACCGGAGAAAGAAGAGGAGGAGAGAUAUAAAAACUUUGCUUUUUUGAAUUUUCUUUUUUUCCUGGAGGAGGUUCACUUGACAAUGACCAGACAUCGCCGAUGGAGUCGGUAGGACAUCCGUUAUCCGAGUGUUUUUUAAUGCACUCUGAACAAGAAAUGAACUUAUCGAAGGGGCCAUUGGUGAACAGCAGCAGUGACGAUAACUCCAAGUCAAACUAUAGUAAAUGCGGCGCUGGCGCCUGGAGAAUGCACCAAACCUACGAUCCACUGGAGGCCAACCACAUGAGAGACGCACAUGCCCUCUACAACCCCAGGCUUCUCUGCAGAAUGUCCAGUAAGGAGCGCCACCUUGAGUCCAACUGUCCGUCCUCUUAUAUAAAGACUGAGCCGUCUAGUCCUGCCUCCCUGACUGACAGCCUAAACCAUCACUCCCCUGGUGGCUCCAGCGACGCCUCAGGUUCCUAUUCAUCCACAAUGAACGGCCACCCCAACGGCUUAGACUCCCCGAGCCUUUACGGCUCCAACGCAGGGUCCCUGGGUCCCGCUGGCGGCCCCGGAUCAAAACGCUAUGAGGACUGUUCGUCAACAAUUGGGGAAGACUCACAGAUUAAGUGCGAGUACAUGUUGAAUUCCAUGCCCAAGAGGCUGUGUCUGGUCUGCGGGGACAUUGCGUCAGGCUACCACUAUGGAGUGGCAUCCUGUGAGGCCUGCAAGGCCUUCUUCAAACGCACCAUCCAAGGCAACAUAGAGUACAGCUGUCCAGCCACCAACGAGUGCGAGAUCACCAAGAGGAGACGCAAGUCGUGCCAGGCCUGCCGCUUCAUGAAGUGUCUGACUGUGGGCAUGCUGAGGGAGGGUGUUCGUCUGGACAGGGUUCGUGGCGGGAGACAGAAGUAUAAACGCCGGAUAGAUGCGGACAACAGUCCAUACCUGAACCCACAGCUGGCUCUGCCUCCCAAGAAGCCAUAUGCCUUUGGCUGCCUUGCAGAUAACAAAAUCGUCUCUCACCUGCUGGUGGCCGAGCCAGAGAAGAUUUACGCCAUGCCUGACCCGACAGUACCAGACAGCGACAUCAAGGCCCUGACUACGCUGUGUGACCUGGCCGACAGAGAGCUGGUGGUCAACAUCGGCUGGGCCAAACACAUCCCAGGUUUCUCCACGCUGUCCUUGGCAGACCAGAUGAGUCUAUUGCAGAGUGCAUGGAUGGAGAUCUUGAUCCUACGUGUCGUGUACCGCUCACUGUCCUUUGAAGACAAGUUGGUGUAUGCUGAGGACUACAUCAUGGACGAGGAUCAGUCGAAGCUAGCUGGACUUCUGGACCUGAACAAUGCCAUCCUUCAGCUGGUCAAGAAAUACAAGACUAUGAAGCUCGAGAAGGAGGAAUUUGUCGCUCUGAAAGCCAUCGCUUUGGCUAACUCAGACUCCAUGCACAUUGAAGACGUGGACGCAGUGCAGAAGCUCCAGGAUGUGCUCCACGAGGCCCUGCAGGAUUACGAGGCCUCCCAGCACCAGGAGGACCCUCGCCGGGCGGGCAAGCUGCUCAUGACUCUCCCCCUGCUCCGCCAGACCUCCACCAAGGCCGUGCAGCACUUCUACAGCAUCAAGCAGGACGGCAAAGUCCCAAUGCACAAACUCUUCCUGGAGCUGCUGGAAGCCAAGGUCUGAGGAUGGAAGGACAGCCAGUCUGAAUCUCACUUUGAAUGACCUCUUGCUCUUUUACACGCACACACUCUAACACACACGCACACAGACACAAGAAUAUGCCCCUUAAGUAUGUCUGCUGACACGUCCCAAUAUGAAGAAACGAGUAACCGAAACCUCUCACCUGAACCCCUGAACCUCCACCGUCUUUGACGAAGGGCGCUCACUUGACCUUUUUGUUUUGGGGAAGAUGCUGACAGACUGACAUGACCCCCGUAUGACUAAGGAAAGAAGACAUUUCCUUUAAAACUCUAAACUAUCACUCAACAGCAAACAUUGAAGAGGGCAAAACUCUGAUGCAUUCAAUAACAAUUAAGAUGUUAUUAAAGACGAACGCUUAAAUGAGGACACAUUUCAAAAGAAACUGAAAACUCUUUCAGUUCUGAGAGACUCUUAGACUGCACUCGUGUCUCCUUACCCUCCCUAUUUCCCCCAACAGAGUUUUUUUAAAGUGUUCAAGAUGAAAACAAGUGGAGAAAAAAAGAACACUGACGCAGUAUUAAUGACAUUUGUUGUAAAAAGUACUUGUACAAUGAAAUGUGGAUGGAUGGACAGAAAGAAAAGAAGAGGAGAUUUGCCCUGCCAAAGAAUGGAGCUCACCCAUUCAGAGGAUGCCAGCAAACGUUACUGUCACAAAUCAAAACUGUUUCUGAUUAGAUUACUGGUUGCUUUCAAUGCUGCGCCUCCAAGGUGCUGGUUUUGGUUUCACUAGUAAAUUGUGUCUGGUUAUCAUGAAAACCAGCAGAGCCAGGGCCAGGAUUAGAAACCACUGCUGUCAACUGUUACUGGUUCUCCCUAAAUUCAGAUCCUGGUUUUCCAAGGACUCCCAACUUCAACUACAACUUUACUUGUUUUCAGGAUCCCGGCCUCCAAAACUGUCAAUAUAAACAUAGUGUUUUCACACUUGACAAGCUGAAAAUGUUUCCACAUAUUCAAACCACUUGAGAGGUAAUUGACUGACAGAGUUCACAAUUCAAAAUAUUAACUAAAUCUGACUUAAUCUAAAAUGUAUUCCUGCUUGUCCAACUGGUAGAUGUCAGCUCAGUCAACAUUCUCUGUAUUUAUUCGGUCAAACCCUCCUCUUGUGUUCUGAUGUCUUUGUGAAAGCUUUCAGCGCUCAGUGGUUCCGGUUUGUAGCUCUCCACAAAAGUCAGUAGAGAUUUCAGUCUGUCAUCGUGCCAUUAAGAUUAAUCCGUGCUCAUUACCCAAACUCCAAAAACCUCAAAGUGUUACUGCAGUACUUCCCUCCUCGCUCCGCUGCAUUCACAACCUCCAGCUCCUCUCUUGCGUCGGCACAGAGAUAUUUCCGUGAUUCAUUCGGAGAUUGAGAGUCAUUCAACACAAUACAAACCAGAAGGAAAGGUGUGCUGACUAAACUGACUACUGAAGAACAACUAUUGUUGCUUUCAAACCUCUUAUUUAAUUUCUUUAUUUCUAUCUUGAAAAUAAUCUUAGCGAUGAAACCAGUAUAAGGGUUGUAAAUAAUUGUCAUCCUGUAUAUGACAUAUAACACGGCUUUGUUUUUUGUUAUUAAUCUUGUCUUCUUAAAACUGAAUCAAUCAAUAUGUCUUUCCUUUUUUCUAUCAGCUUGACCACUUUCAGCAAUUAUCAUAUAUAUAUAUAUAUAUAUAUAUAUAUAUAUAUAUAUUUAUAUUUAUAUAUAUAUAUAUAUAAAUAUAACAAGUAAUAAUGUAUUAACAAAUCAGCGUUUAUCUUAGAAAAACUCUGAAUAAUAGUGGUUUUUAAACGAGGGGUUUGUGCAUAUGGACUAAGUCUGCAAUAUUAACAUAAUGUGCCAGUCUUAAACUCGGGAAAGAGAGAGGAUGGGGGUCAGAGGGGAGUGAAUAGCUUCUUAUUCUCUCUGUGUAACUUGCCAUAAGCUAUUAGAUAACAGUCAAUAAUUUAUUUGUAAGAGGAAGCUAGACAGGAAUAAAUAUGGACCAGAAAUGUGAGGAUGAGAUGCUGCCGUCACAGAAGAGCCAUGUGAACAACGGUUGUUGGGCUGAAGAACUAACACAAGCAGCUGCAGACUAAAACGAUCCCAAGUUGCACCUUUUUUGAGACCAUGCUCUUGUUAGUGUCACUUUAAAUCAAAUUAAAACUAGACAGUUAUUUGUCAGCUGUUCAGUCAAACAUAGUUUUUGUGCUCAAUGCGUUUGUUUAUUUAGCCACGUGGCCGAGUGUGGGGACCUUUAGAAUAACCUGAAACUGCUGAGGGAAAUGGUUCUACAAACAAAACACCACACUGACAGAUUUAAAUUAGCUUGCUACUGGGCUCCUUGAUGCUUAUAAGCAUCUAUUACAAAAUUGCAAAACCAGUGAUCCUACCAAUUACAGUAGAAAUUCAUCAAAUUAACACGUAAAUUAUAAAAGAGAAUUACAAAGAUUUGACUGGUACUAAUACAUUUGAUUUAAUGCUUGCAUGUAUUAGUGAUGUACUAAAAAUGUACAGCACCAUGUGUAUUUCAAGUCUCAUCAAAUAUUUAUUUUUUGGUGAAGUUAAUUCAAUACUUAACUCACUUUUAAAAUUGACAUUUUUUAAAGAGAUUUUCCAGGCAUUUUUAAAGUCAAAAAUUGCCUCUUAAAUCUAAGUGCAGGGUUUAUUGGCAGGAAAGGGAAAGCUGAGCUUACAGGAAUCUGUGUGACAUUUUACAGUCAAGUGAAGAAACAUUGAUUUCAUCGUUAAAGCAAGAUUGUAUGGCUGACUGAUCACACCUUAAACAGGUGAAGACAGUCCAGGGAUUUUUUUAAAUGUCAUUUUUAAAGCCGAAUAAGAAUGCCAAAAUGUGUAAUGUAGACGACAGUGUAAUCUAAUAUAAAAUGGCGACUUGUCACAGCUGAGGAGUGCUGCAGUUUAAGUGUAGUUGAUCUUUAACAUCACACGCUCUGUAUCAAACAUCAGUAUUAUUAGUAAGGGGUAUUUUCUCAGCCUUCUUAAACAUUGUAUAUUGUAAAUUAUACAGAUUAUAAUUCUAACAUAAGACAUUUUAUUGGAAACAAAAUCGAGAAAAAAAAGAAGAAAAAAAGUAGUUCAGCCUCGAUGUGUGUUCCAUGUUAGUUGUUUUUUCUAUCAAGAAAAAAACCUGCUUCUUUAGUUCUAUCUGUUUUUUGUUUAAAGUCUUUCUGUUCGAUCUUUCCUCCUUUGAUGAGUCCUCUAAGGCGUUGCUGUGUACUUUUUCUUGUGGUGAUUCCCGUUCUUGUGCCGUGUGCUUCUUCUUCAGACAACGGGGUAGAGCAGAGGCCAUGUUUGUGUGUCUGUCUGUCUGUCGGAUCAGUCCGCUGCGGGUCUGGGCACUGGGUUCUCUCUCAAUGAAACCGAACCGGAUAAGGCUCUUCUUAAUUUAACCAGACCACCGAGAUCAAAUUACAGUAAUCAUCUUUACCAAACUAUACAUACAUAAUUAAAUAUUUAGUAUCUAAAUGAAGAAACACCAUACAAGUAUUUAAAAAGGGAUCAUUUGUGUAACUUUCCUGUAGAAUAAACGGUAUACUGUAUAUCUUUAGGUUUAAAUAACGAUGAAAUGAAAAGGACAUUUGAGUAAUUUCAGAACUGUAGGUGAGUCUUUUUUGAUAAACUCGCUGUACAUAACUGCCUCCCAUACAGCUCGUCAUCUUUACAGUUUCAGCAGUCAAAAAGAGAAAACGUGAAGACAAAAAAGGUUUUCCCCAUUGUUGUGUCCGGUUUUAACUCAUUUCCUGUUUUGUUUUUGAUUUACAACAAACAGAAACAGACAUGUCAACAAUAGGACUAAUUUGUGGGUUGAUGGGAAAUGGUCACUCAUUACAUUUUGGGACACAUUUCUGCUCUAGCCCGAGAAUUAGGAAAGUCAAGAUUUAAUCUCAAGUCUCCUUUAAUGAACAUGUUGCUAUUCUCAUUGUACCUCUUUGUACACAUUUAUCAAUUAUGCGCUACAAAUAGCAUUUAUUCAAAGACUCUAGGACCAAUCACAGGUCUUAAACAUUAACCUAUAAUGGUUUUAGGGAAGAGAUAUAAAUUGAAAUCAUUUCACAGGUUUAUUAAAUAUAUUUUCCUGUUUUGAUUGUAACUUAAACCCCGUCUCAUUGUCAGAAAGAUGGUAUUUGUUAUUAUCAUCCACUGUAUAUUCAUCUACACACAACUUAUGGAAGAAAGGUGCUCUUUUCUUACUAUUGUUUCUUUUCUGUUACUGUUUUUAUUUAUUUGUCAGUUGUCAAACCUCUCCUGUGUACUUCUGAACAAUCUAACGCGAUGAAAGAUGUCACACGCCUCUCUUUAUUUAGGCUGAUCUAGGAUUGGUUAAAGGCCCUGUUUUAAAAGGAAUCAACAUACAUUUCUAAUUCUGCAAAUAUGGAUAUGUAUAUAUUUGUUUUUUAAUUAACUUAAAAAUCUAAUUAUCCUUGUCGAUUAAGUAAUUCAUUGGAAAUGAUGGUCAUGACAGGAAUUGGUUUUCCUUUGUUUUUUGCUGGUUAAAAAAUAAUAAAUCUAGCAGCUAAAGUCAGGAGGGAGAUUGUGUGACUCUUUCCAAGGGUUUGGUAUAACUUGCUGCUCAUAGCCAAUAUAUUGUUUGGAUGUACAAGACGUAAGUGUUUUCAUACAGCACUUUUUUUCUAGUUUAAAAGCAAUAUUUUGAUAACUGCAAUGACGGGACAUGAUUGCACUUUUUGUGUUUUGUGUUAAACGUCUAAAUGCUGUUUGCUAUUAAAUUAUUCAGCAGUUAAGGUUCAAACCAUAUAAAUGACAACAAACCAAAACUGGUAUUUUCUAUGAGGAGCGUUGGAAGAAGGACUGUCUGGGUUUUUGCAGUGCCGUCGAUAGAAAGAGUUUGACCUGGCUGCACUUUGGGCGCCAUGUUAUCGCCCGCAUCUGGAGCUUAGAUCCAUUAGCUGCAAAUACUCAAUGUAACAAUAGUUUAACUGGAACAGAAGGAGUUUUUUAGGCAUAGGGACAAGGCAGGAUUGUCCAUCUACCAUGGCUGCCCUUGAAAUCUAAGGCCAACUGUGUCUAGCUACAGCUCUACAGUGUUUAGUCAUUUAGUUGUAUUUAAUCCCCAAAUGUAACUGCCACUUUGUGCUGCAGAUACCCCUGCAGUCUGAAUUUGCAAAUGUGAAGAAAGUAUUAAAGGGAAAGAGAACAAUGACACAUUUGGAUACAAAGGAUAUUUAAAAAAGACCAGCUUUGUGGAGAAGAGUUGUGUACGAGAGACGACCCUGUAGUGUUAUUAAAAAAAUGUCUGUAGAUUUUAGAUGUGCUUCACAUCAGUAAAUGAAAAAAAAGAAAAAAAAUGAAACAAUAACCUGUAUAUUUUUGUGACGUGUAUCAUACAAGUGUGCUCCAACAAUAAUGUCCAUUUGUGUAAAUGUAUUUAUUUCACAUUGUAUAUAUUGUUCAAUGCAAAAAGAGAGACCUAUGAUUCUGUAACUUAACUACUAUGGGUUGAAACAUUACAUGUGUUACUCCAGACUAUGCCUUUCAGGAUUAUUACAGUAGAGCAAUAUCAAUUAAAACCAGGCUUCCAGUUUUGA